UGUGUGUGUGUGUGUGUGUGUGUGUGUGUGUGUGUGUGUGUGUGUGUGGGCGGGGCUUGUGAGUGCCAGCCAGCGGGCCACCACCACCAUCACCGCGGCUCCUUAGGGAGGGAGGGACGGGAAUAUGGCACUGUCACUGCGGCACUGGUAUAUCUGCUGCGUGUGUCAGUGUGCCCCGAGGUGCAUAUUUCCCUCCCAUAGGUGCGCGGCGCGGCAACCCUCGUGGCGCGGCGCCGCUGGAAGGUCACGGUGUCACGCUAACCGCCAACGGGAAGACCCGUGACAGACAUGUGGUAACUGAAUUAGCAACUUUUAUGCUUGUAUAUAAUUACGCCAUUUUUUAAGUCUUCUCUGAGCAAGAGCCGCAGGCGUGAUGAUUUAGCGGCGUGCAUCACGAGGGCUCAGGGCCUCGCCAGUUACUGAUACCACGCAGCAACUCCCCGCCGCCACACUCCCGCUGCGGUGUGGGCGCCGCUAUGCGAUUCACUUGAAGGGUUGUGCUGAAGAAGGAUCCCGCACGUGGCGGCGAGGCACCUUCCGCUGCCCGCCAAAGCCUCCUCAGGAAGUCCGAGGCGAAGCGCACUCCCGCCUGAUCUGCGGCGCUCCUUCAGGAUGUCUCGCUCCCGCUCCUUCCUAAUCCGAGACCUGUUGUGGGGGCAGGACCGCCGCGGCACCGUGGAGACCAGCGGCGAGGGCGACGAGCUGGGCCUGGACCUCACCACGCGGCCGCUCGGGUACUCCCGCGCCACGCAGUGCUCCGACGCUCAUGCAGCUGAGCAAAAGUUUUGUUUCCCGCCGACGCCGCCGAGGCGACCCUUCUCAGCCAUCCCGAGGCGCGCCGCUCCACGCCAAUGCUGCGGCCUCACAGUCGCCGAGGACGAUGCUACGGCCCUAGGAGAGUCGCGGGUUGGCGAAGAGGCGCGUGCCACUGUGCGAGUGUGGCGAGGAACCGCGGGAAGGUUGCGAUGUGUGGCGCGGCGGCGGCUGCGGUGCCCCAGGGCCGCCAGCACGCCCACGGGGACACUCUUUCAGAUCCCUGGGGAUGGCGCCGCGGCCAGCCAGGGCCCGCUGUGCCCGCCGCGCCACUCAACGAGCCCCUCAGCCUUCCAGGGUCAUGCCGGGGACGCGGCAGGCGACGGCGGAAUGUCAUGGCGCUCCUGCUCGUCGCCCACGCCCACGCCUUCACCCUUCCACGCCGCCGCUGCAGUCGCCGCCCAUAUCACCGUCCAUCUCCCGCAGGAGGACGCCCACGCCACCCACCUCCUCCCCACUGCCUGUCCUCCUGCCGGGCUUCCCGCCCCCGGUGUACGGCGCCUCGCGGGGCUUUCUCAGGCCAGACAAAAUCCUGGAUGUGCGGCAGCUGCUGCCUCUGCCGGGGGCACGCGGCAGCAGUACGGCGGCGGCGGUGCCCCUGGUAGCGCCCCAGCAUCCCCCCCAUCACCACUACCUGUGGGCGGCGCGCUACUCCUCGCUGCUGUCUUCGCUGCCGCUGCAAGAUUACGAGGUGACCAGCCCCAGUACUUCUCGGACCAGCAGCCCUCCAGUCCCCGUGCCCGUGCCAGUGUAUGUAAGGACGCGACCCACGGCUCUCCCUGACACCUCCACCAAGAAGUGCCGCCGGUCCCGCACUGUCUUCACGGAGCUGCAGUUGGUGGGGCUGGAGCGGAGGUUUGAGGCACAAAAAUACCUGAGCACACCUGAUAGAGUGGACUUGGCGCGCUCCCUCGGCCUCACGCAGCUGCAGGUGAAGACUUGGUACCAGAACAGGAGGAUGAAGUGGAAGAAACAGGUGAUGCAGGAGGGCAGCAAGGAACCCCCUACCAAACCAAAGGGGAGACCCAAGAAAAAUUCAGUUCCCUCCUUUGCUGAACUCCAGAGACAAAGGGAGGAGGAGGAGGAGGAGGCUAGGAGGAGAACGGCAUCGCAAACCACAGAAGAAGAAGAGGAAGGCAUAAGAAGACCUAACAUUGAGGAAGACGAUGAAGAGGAAGACGAUGAGGAAGAUGAGGAGGAGGAGGAUGAAGAGGAACUAGACGUGGGGAUGGAAAGAGGAGUAACUGGGAUGGAGGUACAGAGUGAGGAGGCAGAGGGGAGUGAGAGGGGGAGGGGAGUGAGAGGGACAUAUCCUUACCUCUCUCUUUCGAACCCCCAAUCCGGUUCAGAGAGGAAGAACCGAACCAGUAACCCCUCUCUCCCUCACUCUCACUCUCCCCUCUCUCUCUCCCCUCUCCCUCACGCUAUGCAAGGGAGUGAGGGCCGCCAAAAAGAGGGAGAGAAGAUAUAAAACCUCUUUCCGUCUUGCCACUUCUGAGGGAGCGAGGAGAGGGGAAAGGAGGGAGGAGGGAGAGGUGAGAGGGUGGAGGAAAGAGGGGAAAACAUGGUUGUGGAGGCACGUUUUCUCUCUCUCUCUCUCUCUCUCUCUCUCUCUCUCUCUCUCUCUCUCUCUCUCUCUGAAUUGUUUUAUCCUGCCCGGGAUGAGGGAAAAAAGGAAAAAAAGAGAAGGAAAACUUGAGUAUAAUUUCUAAAUACUAAAACUGAAUCUUACGUAGCAUAAUAAUAAUAAUAAUAAUAAUAAUAAUAAUAAUAAUAAUAAUAAUGAUAAUAAUAAUAAUAAUAAUAAUAAUAAUAGUAAUAAUAAUAAUAGUAAUAAUAAUAAUAACGAUAAUGAUAAUAAUAACAAUAGGAAACAGUCAUAUUUUUAUCUUUACAUAAAUAAAAAAUAAAUAAAAAACUAUUCAUUAUUAAAAAAAAAAAGAGGACGAGAAUAUUACAAUAUAAAAAUAUCAUAUCAAAUUCUGAAUAGAGAGACGAAGUUAAUAUAUUUUUUUUUUCUACAACCAUCUAUGGAAGUCUCUCUAUUACGGCCCUGAAUAGAAAUACGGACGUAGUUUCAUAUUAAUGUUUGCUCUUUUUUUUUUUUUCCGUUGCUGUUGUCGAUCCGCCGAAGUAAAAAUAUAUAA